UCAAAUGUCAAUUAAAUAUUUAAAUCAGUUACACGCAUAUUUGAUAAUUUUUUUUUUAUUUUUUUAUAUAAAACCAGUUUAUGUUGGAUCUCUGUUAUAGUUGCGCGUUUCGUGAGAAUCGUCUGAGAGUGCGUCACAGAGCAGAGCCGAACCGUUGUGUAACAUCGUCCCGCCGCAGGAGGAGGAGUCCCGACAAACUCAAGCGCUGUAAAUUUCCACUUAUUAUAUAUAGUUUACAUUUGCAGGUACACUGUCGAAAACAAACGUCGAGAUUCCAGCAGGAAUCGUUAGGUUACGCUCCUCCACCACAGGCUGAAACUGAUCUUCGAGUCCAUGGAGCUGGACCGGCGGCUGCUGCUGGCUCACUGCGCCGCCCACACCCUGUCCGUCAUAGCGGGACUCCUUGUGGUCGUGCCGCUCGCUUUAAACGGGUCCGCUUUCAAGGGAAGGUGCGCGCUGUUUAGUCAAGGCUUCUGGAGGACGGAGAACCUCACGGUGGGUCAGGAAGAGCCCAGAACGGUCACUCAUUUGGUGGUGCAACAAUGGGGUCCAUUAGCGGCGUGCCAGUUCGCCACAUUCGUCGGUGUGUUCACCGUGUUGUACGGAGCCGUUCAGGGCUGGAGGAGUCUGUUCUACCUCCACCGGCGUCAUGACGACACGCUGUUCUCUGCCUUCCUCACGCUGCUGCUGAGUCUCUGUGUGUUCUUCCUCUCUGGAGGGGCCAGUGUUACUCUCACCCUGGGCCUGGUGUCCUGGUGCAACACUGUUACAGACCACAACACCAGAUCCUACAGUUGUGCUGAGUCACAGUCUGUUCCUCUUUAUCUGGGCGUUGAGACAUCCUCUUUCUACUCUGAGCUCAAUUGUGCGCAGAUCUCUCUGUGGUGUGUAACGGCUCUGUGGUUGGCUCACUCUAUUCUUUCCUUCCUGAGGCUCUAUCAUUCUCACAGUCAGCAGAUCAGCAGACCGUGUUUAUCCAGGGAGAAGGAGCUCCUCCUGGGCCAAACUCAAGUGGAGUGUCCCAUUCAUCAUCCACAUCCACACUCGCACCCCUCAAACACUCCCAGUGUUUUUAUUUAGUGUUCACAGAAGUUGCACUUUGAGGUUGAUCGAAGGCCAGUUUUAUUGAUUUUCAAGAAGGAACAAGAAGACAGGACAAGAUUAGCAUAAAAUGGAAUUAACGUCUAAUCUAAAAACAAACAACGCAAGUCUCAUGCAUGUUACACAAAGAAUAUUCUCAGUAAUCGGAAUUAGCCUGGGUUUUAUCUGUUUGUUACUUUUUUUCAAUGCAUUUGUUGAGAAGUUUUUUCAUGUAGCUUAGUGCUUACGUUGAGGUCAAAUGUUUUGUGUGCACCCAUUUACAACCUUUCCAUAACAAAUGUCAGAGGAUUCUAAUAUAUAAAAUAUAUUGCACUAUUAAUGCAUUGCUCUUGCAUAUGCAAGAUAUCAUCUAACUUUAUAUGUUUAGCCAUAUAAUGUGAAUUUUAAGUCAAUGGUAAGGAAAGACUAGCCCGUUGCAUGUGCUGUGAAUGUAUAUGCGUACAGCGUACAGCGUGACUUUUUGCAUACUGAAUGGUACUGUCACUCAAACCAGACAUUCUCUUUCUAAUCCGAUGAAGGUUUCUUAAAUGAAGCUGUUUGUGUUGAUGCAGGCUCCUGGUUCAAAAUCUACUUUUUCUGGAUAUUGCAUUGCUUCAUUUAUGUGAUAGAAAUUCAGAGCCAAAGACAAGUUGGAAAAACAUGAUGUGGAAUGUGGCUAAUCUGUAUUGAAUCCUGAACCUUUGACCUGGAGGAUUGUUGUGAAACACAAACAGUUGAAUAAGAAGCAGGAGAGAGAUGAGAGAGAAAUGUUCACUUAUGGCUUGGAAAUGUGAUGAUGCGUGUGUUAUACACUGCUGUUUGUAUCCAUUAUGUCCUAUUUAUAAACUCUUUUCACUUGAGUAAAGGUAAUAGAACAUG